CCGGUAGGACACGUUGCAAGUACCUUAGAAGCAACUCCUUUCUCUGGCUCUCGCUUUUGGUUUCUUAAACCCUCGAGGUUUCGAUCGGAGAGGAGGGUUUCGGCGACGAUGGAGGGAGAGAGGAGAGCGGAGGCGGAGUGUUCCUCCGCCUCGAGAACUCGUAGGGACGUCCUUGAAGCUCCGCCGGGGAGCGGCUAUGAUGUCUUGGUUGAUGGGAAGAAGGCCGAAAUCGAUGAGGAGGAAGUUGACGGAGAGGAAGACGAGGAGGUCGGCGUCGAUGGGUUCGUUCCCGGGCCUCUGAUCCCUCUCAAGGAACAGCUGGAGAAAGACAAGGAUGAUGAAAGUCUGAGGAGGUGGAAAGAAAAGCUGCUUGGCUGUCUUGAAGGAGAAUUAAAUGACCAAAUGGAACCCAAAGUUACAUUUCACUCCAUAGGAAUUGUAUGCGAGGGCUGUGCUGAAAUUAUAAUACCCUUACUGGUAGCAGAGAAUCAAAGUCGUGUUUUAUUUUUUCUCAAGGAAGGAUCACAAUAUCGUCUCAAGCUGACUUUCAGUGUUAAGCAUAACAUUGUUUCUGGCUUAAAUUACUUGAAUACUGUGUGGAAGAAAGGUCUACAAGUCGAUCAGAGCAAGGGAAUGCUCGGUACUUUUGCUCCUCGGCGUGACCCCUACGAACAUCUGCUGGAAGAAGAGACCACUCCCUCUGGUUCGCUUGCUCGUGGAAUCUACUCAGCAAAACUUAAGUUUGAAGAUGACGACAGGAGAUGCCACCUGGAACUCGACUACUCCUUCGAAAUCAAGAACCGUUGAUCGUAUAUUUCUCGAGAUCAAACAAGAUUAAAACUGAAUGGAAGAGGCUGUACAAUGCAAGUGUGCUUUUUUUCAAGUUCCAGUAUGUUUUUAACAGCGGAAACUCAGUUCUAAAGAGACCAUACCUUACCAAAAUCCCAAAAAGAAGUUGGGCGAAUAUGUUCACCCGUGCAUCCCUCCCUUUCCAAUUCCUCCAUUCUGAAAAGCCGAUCCAACCCACUGGCACAACAGCCCUUGUGCCAUCUGUCAGUGCUAUUUCAUGCUUAUUUUUGUGCUUGCUAAACAUCAGGUGGAUCAGUUCAUUUCAUGCAUCCUAGCAAUCUUUACAUUGUAAGAAUCGUCAUUUCAUGCGGCCGAUGAUCGAGUUCUGUGCCAUUACAAAGCCAAACAAAAACCAAUUGCCUGUUGCUGAUUUGGGUACGCAUUUCAGGCGAGGCUAAGAAGCUCAAAAAGACAAUCAUGCUGUUGGGUGAAUCGGCUGCCUGGUUGAUGUAAGGUGGAAUCCAUGUUAAGACACAGGGACUAAUAGAUGUGGUCGGAGGGAACCAACCUUUUAAUGCAAAUCCAAGGUUUGUCCAAACAACGCAUGCACAAAAAAAAAAAAAAAA